UGUUACACUUUGUGCAGGAACAGUUCUGCCCGGGUCGGUUCCUUGCUCAGGACACUGUGUGGUCCUCCCGCCGGCGGAGGCGCUGCGGCGGGAGUCUGCGGGGCCGCGCGCGCGUGCGCGGAGCGGGCGGCCGGGGGAAGAUGGCGCGGCUGUACGAGGAGUUCACGCUGUGCUGGCUGCAGAGCGGCGGCUCCGUGCGCGCCGUGGAGCCCGUCGGGCCCGACUGCGUCCUUGUCACUCGGGAGGAUCGCACCGUGAUCGUCUACAAGGUGUCAGACCAAAAGCCUCUUGGAAGUUGGACAGUUAAGCAAACCCAAACAAUCUCUUGCCCUGCAAUCUACACUGAACAGACUGGAGAAUAUGUAGUGGUUCACGAUCAUAAGGUUUUAAGGAUAUGGAAAGAUGAAGAUGCCAAUCUGGAAAAAACUUUCAAAGCAACAUUGGCAGCUGAUGUCUACCAGAUACACACAUUGCCCAAAGCAGAACCUCUGGUGCUUUUUGAGCGAGGGAGUGUGAGAAAACUUGAUGAUGUUCUGUCAGCUCCACAGCAGGAACUUGAAAGUGUUCUGUCAAAAGAUGAAGUCAUCAGGUGGAGUACUGCUUUACUGGAAGCUGGAAGUCCUGUUAUGCUUUUUGUCACUGAAAAGGCUGGGAUAUUCCAACUAUAUACACAGAAACUGAACCUCAAUGUACAUCACAAAUAUAAGUUGGAUUCAGGAGAAGAGAUUGGUUAUCCUUUGAGCUUUGCACUUUCCCUUGAAAAAAAGGACACUGCCCUGAUGUGUUUAUAUUCCACCGGCUGUAUCUAUAAAAUACAGUUGUCAGUAAACAGGAAUUCGACUGAUGAGGAGUGGGUCCUGUCUCGAUCAUUAUUGUUAAAACUGCCAGGCUGUGUGGAUUCUCUAGUCAAUCCAGCUAUUUUGGCCUUGGAUGAGACGCACAUUGCUGUGUUAGGAGCUCCGCAAUCUCAUCAGUGCACCGUCAAAGAUUCUUUGAGUAUCUGGAAUACAAGAUUCCAAACACUCCAGACGUGGAAGGAGCUCCCCGAGGGAAGCUCUGGGCAGUUGUGGUGUUACAAUGGGAAACUCUUUGUUCCUCAUGGAAAGGCCUUGACUGUGAUCCCAUUUACAUGUGAAACCUGUUCUCUGGCAGCUGUCCUUGGCAAACUCAAACAGCCAAGUGAAACAGUGAAACAUCUGUCCACUGUUGUGAAUUGGAAUGCAAUGCUUCAAGAGCAAUGGUCUGCUGAGCUGCAGCCACCUGUUACCCUCGACCCUGCUGAAUCAACACCCAGCAGAAAACGGAAAAGCAAAAAAAAAAGAAAACCCAGUCGCAAGCUGCUUCUCUGGAUCUGACUACGAUCGAGACCGAUACAAAUGAAAAAAUAGACCAACAAUUACAUCUAUUGUUGAGUAACCUGCUGGAUCCCAAUGCACAGCAAAUGAUUGCAGAGGUUGCUAGCGUCUUGGUGAGCAGGUGUAUGGCACAGAACAAGUUCUACCCCAAGAAUGCACUAGUGAAGCUUUUACAGACACGCAUGCUUUCUUACAGCUUAUGUCCAGGUUUGAUAGCAGUUGCUAUGAAUAAAGCAGACUAUUACCUGCUUCAGCUCUGCCUAAAGCAUUUCCCUGACAUCCCAGAGGCUGUUGUAUGUGCCUGUUUGAAAUUUUUCCUCAA